AUGUUUCGCGCUCAGCAGAAUGCUUUUGAUGAUGCGGUCGCCAAGGCGACCGACGAGAACCUAACAUCCGAGAACUGGGAAUAUAUUCUGGAUGUCUGCGACAAGGUUGCUGCCGAGGAAUCGGGCGCAAAAGAGGCGGUUGCUGCCAUGAUCAAGAGAAUGGCUCACAGAAAUGCCAAUGUGCAACUUUAUACUCUUGAGCUCGGUAAUUCGCUGUCACAAAACUGUGGCCCUAAGAUUCAUCGCGAGUUGGCCUCGAGAAGCUUUACUGAUGCGCUCUUGCGCCUAGCAAGUGAUCGCAACACGCAUCAACAAGUCAAGUCCAAGAUUUUGGAGCGGAUGGAAGAAUGGACUGAGAUGUUUGCAUCUAACCCAGACUUUGGGAUCAUGGAGCAAGCAUAUAUGAAGUUAAAGACCUCAAACCCCAACCUUCAGCCCCCGUCGAAGCCGGUGAAGAGCGCAAUUACGGAUAUUGACCGACAGAAAGAAGAUGAAGAAUUACAAAUGGCUUUGGCUCUCUCUGUCAAGGAGAAGGCUCCUCCAAUUCCCGUCGCUCAAGCUGGGCCAUCUGCUGCGGCUGCGGCUGCGACUGCUGUAUCGAGGCCCGAAACCUCUUCGCCUGCAGCCGAGUUGUCUGCUGCUGCGUCCGGGCCUGUGCCAUCGGGUACAUCGGCUGCCACUGUUUCGCGAGUCCGAGCCUUGUUCGAUUUCCAGCCCUCGGAGUCUGGAGAGCUUCAAUUCCGCAAGGGCGAUAUUAUUACUGUCUUGGAAUCAGUUUAUAAGGACUGGUGGAAGGGUUCUUUGAGGGGCCAGACGGGAAUCUUUCCUCUCAAUUAUGUCGAAAAGCUUUCAGAUCCCACUGUUGAAGAGUUGCAGCGCGAGGUGCAAAUGGAGGGCGAUGUCUUUGGCCAGAUUAAGAACGUUGAGAAGCUUCUGACCCUGCUGAGUACUCGAAGCUCCGAUCUUAAUGUGCAGGAGAACGAGGAGAUUACCAACCUCUAUCAUUCCACCGUGGCUAUUCGCCCGAAGCUGAUUGAGCUGAUUGGGAAAUACUCGCAGAAGAAAGAUGAAUUCACCCAGCUUAAUGAGAAGUUCAUUAAAGCCCGUCGUGACUACGAGUCUUUGCUAGAGGCUUCCAUGGCUCAUCCGGCACAACCUUAUGCCCCACGACCUGGUCAGCCACAGUAUGGCUAUCCUGCUGGCACCCCUGCUGGAUACCCUCCCCAAGCAGACCAACGAUACUUUAGCCCCCAGCCUCAAGAUACCCAACCUCCACAGGCCCAGCCAAAUGCAUACUAUGGUGCAGAGCAGACCAUGCCUUACCGCCCUGCAUCUCAUUCACCCGAUCCUCGUGCACAGUUUGCAGGUGGAUCUCAGCAACACCCGGUGCAACAGGCACCUCCAUCUGACGCUUAUCCCCCUGCUAGCCACCGCCCUCAGUCUACAUACGACCACCCUCAAGAACUGGGCACCUCUGUCUAUGAUUCUCCUGUGGAACAUCCUGCUGGCCACCGCCCAGCUUACCCUCUCAGCGGUCAAGCACCACCGGCCGGCCAUCAGCAUUUCCAGCAGCAACAACCACAGGGGCAGGAAUACUCGGCCCCGGGCUACUCGGGUGAAGAGGCUCAGCAACCCCUUGCCUCUCAAUACCCACCACAGCAAGCAUCGCAACAAGCUCCAUACCCCAACUCCCCGGCCGCUCAUCAAGCCCCCUCUCACCAACCUCCUCCAGUCCCUGGGUCUGCACAGCCGUCCUCACAAUACACUGCCUUUAACCCCACUCCUUCGGCUACACCAGGUGGUGCAGAAUACCAGGCAUAUCAGCCUGCGCAGGGAGGUGUUUCCCCCUCAAACCCUGCGACAUUCUACCGAUAA